CAUGAAUCAGUCGUUCAUUAAAUUUUUACAGAUUAACUCAAUAUUUUCACAGCACCGGUCACCUGUAAACUGUCCUCAAAUAAUAUUUACAGAUUUUCGGCUAUGAAUAUUGGCAAAUCUUUAUAAUGUUAUAUAACAUAAAACAUAUACAAAUAAAUCUACAUGCAUAAAUAAAUACAAUACAUGUGUUAUCUAAUAUUGGUUUCCGUUUUUAGUCGACUUGUUAAAACAAUAGCAUACUUUUAGGCAGUUAUCUUUAUUAAUAUAAACUUAAGCGAACAUAAGUUGCGCUGUCUAAAAGCCUGCUAUUACUUUUGCCGACGAAUUCGAUUGAAAAGAGAUAACAGUUUACAACACGACAUGAGUAGCAGAACAAACUGUUACAAUCCAUUCCAACAAAGGUAUUGGAUGGCCGACCGUGGUGCUGCAGCAGCAGCCAGUGGAGGGGGCGGAGGACUUAAGGGUAUAAUAGCAGGCGGCAUAACAGGUGGUAUCGAAAUCUGUAUAACCUAUCCGACAGAAUAUGUGAAAACUCAGUUGCAAUUGGAUGAGAAGGGCACGCAGAAGAAAUACAAAGGCAUUGUGGACUGUGUCCGACAGACAGUCAGUCAAAGAGGUGUAGUUGGUCUUUAUCGUGGCUUAAGUGUGCUCAUAUAUGGCAGCAUACCUAAAUCGGCAGCUAGAUUUGGAGCCUUUGAAAGCCUCAAAAAUGUAAUGAAGAAUGAACAGGGACAGUUGAAUAGCAGUGCCAAACUUUUAAGCGGAUUAGGUGCCGGAGUCUGUGAAGCAGUCUUUGCUGUAACACCAAUGGAAACCAUAAAAGUAAAGUUCAUCAAUGAUCAGCGAAGCCCUAAUCCACGCUACAAAGGCUUCGUCCAUGGCGUGGGAUGUAUUAUAAAAGCUGAAGGAAUCGGAGGCAUUUAUAAGGGCUUAACACCUACAAUUCUUAAACAGGGCUCGAAUCAAGCUAUCCGUUUCUAUGUUCUUCUGUCUCUGAAGGACCUUUACACCGGUAAUAACAACAAUAAAUCUGUGCCAAAACCUCUUGUAGGGAUUUUUGGGGCCAUCGCUGGAGCCGCCUCGGUUUUCUGCAAUACUCCUUUGGAUGUCGUAAAAACCCGAAUGCAAGGCCUAGAGGCAUCCAAAUAUCUUAAUACAUUUGACUGUGCAGUAAAAAUACUGAAGAAAGAGGGACUUUCUGCAUUUUACAAAGGAACUGUGCCUCGCCUGGGUCGAGUUUGUCUUGAUGUCGGCAUCACAUUCAUGAUAUACGACUCCUUCAUGGAUCUUUUUAACAAGGUUUUUACGAAAAUCUAAAUCCGACCGAACGAACUCACCUGAAUAUGAUCUAUCCUAUUUUUAAAUCCAAUAUAUUCGAAAUAUUUUUGUAUUAUUUAAUUGUAUUUCUGUGAAUGUGCAUCUACAAUGUUUAGUUGUUUCAGAAAAUAUAUACACACAUCAAAGCAACGAA